UUUAUCAAUAAUUUAUCUGACAGAGAAAUAAAUUUUGUUAUAAAAUGUACAUAGCAAGUUGAAAUAAGCAUUAUUUAUAAAACAGAAAAAUAAGGUUUAUAAUAUGAGCUGUUUAGGAAACAUUUGAAAAGUAAAGACUUGGACAGAAUAUGUGGCAGUAAAUUAUCUGUUUAUAAUUGAUUGUGAUAGAAAACAAGGACAGUGUAUGACUCUAUCUUUUUGUAUGGUACAUAUCAACUAACUAACUUUGUUUGAGCAAGUUAAUCCACAAGAUGGCUAACGGUGAGCAGAUCAAUACGGAUAUUCUUUCUGAUGAAGUGUUUGAUGUACUAUGUACAAUCUGCAAAAGUAAAAGCAAAAACACAGAAGGUGUAAAAUUCUGUGUGGAUUGCCAAGAUUAUUUCUGUGUUAUAUGUGUCCAAGUUCACAGUCAAGUUCCUGUGUUAGCUGGUCACAAGAUGUUUGAUAAAUCUUUAGUUACACCAGGAAUCAUCAAAGGUCACCCAAUAGCACCAGAAGUGCCUGUAUGUGCUGGUAACAAGGUAUUGGAUAAAUCUCAGGUUAAGUCAGGAACCAGUAAAGGUCUGCCGAGGGCACCAGAAGAGAGAUGUGACAGACACAGUCAUAAACACAUUGAUAUGUACUGUCAGAACCAUGAUAAUGUUGGCUGUUCUACAUGUAUGGCAGUUGAUCACAGGUCAUGCCUGGAUAUCGUCUACAUUCCAGAAUUUAUCCAAAAUAACACUUACCAAUCAGCCUCAAUAGAAAUUCAAACAAAACUAAAGGAAAUAUCCAAGACCCUUGCAGAACAAGUUACCAACUUCAAACAAGAUAAACAAAGGCUGCUGAAAAGAAAGGUCGAAUUACUGGCUGAUAUCAGAAAAUUUCGUCAAGAAAUUAAUGACCAACUUGACAAGUUGGAGAAAAAUUCUAUAAAUGAGAUAGAAGAUAUGGUUAAACUCCUUGAAGACAAGAUUGAAGACAAUCUCAAAAAGCUACAAGAUAAUUCGUCCAGGGUUACCUCUGCUUAUGAUAAAUUAGCAUCUUCAAACACAAAUCAAGCUGAAGUGUUUGUUUUUGUGAAGAUUGGGGAAGAUGCUGCAAAUGUUGCUGACAAAUGUUUAGAAGAUACGAAAAGAAAACAUACUGGAGAAGACAUAGUGUUUCAACCUGAUAAAACAAUUCUUACAUUGCUACAACCAUAUAAAGCGAUUGGCACACCAACAGAGAUAGAUACAAAGACUGCUGGCACUUUAUUUCAGAUUAAAGGGGAACAAUCAUGCUGUGUUACACCUGGGAAAUACAGUUCCUUGGAAAGUGCAUGCUGUCUGAAGGACGGCACAAUUAUUCUAGCUGAUGCAUACAAUAAGAAGCUAAACCGGUUCCACAGUAACAACUAUACCGUCACAGACUACUGCCUUCCUGGAGGACCCAGGCAAGUCUGUUCAAUAAAUACAACACAAGUAGCAGUAACUUUACCGUCACAGAAAGAAGUUCAUUUCAUUUCUGUUGAAGGACAAAUGAGUUCAACAAACAAGAUUAACACUGGUUUUGAAUGUUAUGGUCUUGCAUACACCAACGAUAAUUUAUAUGUAUCAGAUUGUGAUGCAGAAGUAUGUAUCUAUACAUUGUCUGGAAGGAGGCUGAAACAGCUCAGAAUAAAUCAAUCACUAUUCUCAGGCAUAUUAAAUAUAUUUUCUUCCAUACGAGGUCUAGCUGUCAGUAAAGACGCUACAAGGAUGUAUGUUGCUGAUGCCCGUCGUGGAUUGAUAGUGUUGGACAACAAUGAGAAUGUUAUUUCAACAUUCAGUUGUAAAAGAUUAGAGCAACCGGAAUAUUGUUAUGUCACUGAAGCAGGUGGUGUCCUGGUAUCUGGAUAUUACUCCAAUAAUGUUUUACAGUUUACAUGUGAUGGUGAACUGAUAGGAGAGGUUAUAAAAGCUGAUAGUGGAAAAGGGAAAAUUGCUUCAGUUUGUUGUAACCAACAAAUGUCUAAAAUGUAUGUAAGCAGAUUUGGAAAAAACAACAUUGAAGUGUAUGAUAUCUGAUCAGUAAUAAAUGACUACAAACCACCUUCUGUAAAAAUGUAAUUGAAAGUACAUGUAUAUUCUAAUUCAGAACCUACAAGCAUGAAAUGUGAAAAAGAACAAGACUGUGUUUAUGAUACACAAUGUUGCCACAUUGUAUUAUAAUAAAUCACUAACAAUAGAUGGACCAAAAGUAGUUCAUCAUGUGAUUGUACAUAAUUGAGCCGC